GCGCGAACACCGCGAUCCGUUGAUCCAACGUUAAAAGCUCCAAACAGUAACGAUGGGACCGAAGCGCAAUCACAAUGUCAUCACAGCUGGUGAUGACAACGAAUCAUCAUAUUCGUCAUCAAACAAGCGACGCCGAGAACAGAAAAACCCCAAACCAAAGCAGGCAGAAGGCAAACCCGAUCCAACCUACGGUCAGCGAGCUGCCUUCCCGGGUCUCGAUGACGAUGAAUCCGCCCAAAUAUCCGAUGACGACCUGGAAUUUGAAGAGAAUGGUGACGCGCUCGCCUAUCUCAGAGCAGUCCGGAAAGAAGCAAGCGGCGUUCCAAAUGUUCUAGUCGCCCCCAAAGCCGGACCCGAGAUCCCUACCCAUCUCCAGGGUUCCGACGCCAUCGACCGCAGCAUCUACGCCGACGGAGUUGGCGACUCGCGAGGCUACUACCACGACGGCGCAUACACCGCAGCGCCCGACCCGGAUCCGUCCACCGCAUCCUAUCCCGACGAAGCAGAAGAAGGCGAAAUCCUCCCCAUCGCCGAAGCCGACCGCGUCGCCGCGCAGAACGCCGCCCUCCGCAAGGCCUACUUCGCCUCGCUCACCGCGCGCUUCCUGCGCCUCCGCGCCCUCCUCCACCGGGCCCCGCCACAGUCGGUCAUCGACGCCCUUCCGCGGGACCACGGCACCGAGGUGGGCUCGUUCGGCGCCAGGUCGUGGACCUUUCGCGUGUGGACCAGGCGCAUCCGGCACACCGACCCGCUGCCCGCGCAGGUCGCCGCGCUGGACCGCCAGAGCGUGCUGAAGCUGUUGCGCGUGAUCCUCGGCGGCAAGUUCAUCCGCCGCGGCUACGAGCUCCGCCCGCGCACCAGCCGCUGGAUCUGGGCCCUGCUCGCGCGCCUGCCGGACCAGGGCGAGCUGGACUACGCCGAGGUCGGCUGGGUGAGGGAGCUGGGCAAGAGGGCCGUGCUAAUGAUGGUGAGUAUCGCGCAUAUGGAGGCGUUGAGGGAGGAGGUGGAGGGGGGUUUGGAGGGGGACAGCGAUGAGAAUGACGAGGAGGAGUUCGUCGAGGAGGUGGUUUUGAACGAAGAUGGGGAGGAGCGCUCUAUUGCUACGUCGACGAGCUGUCAACCCCCCGCCACCGCUGACGCUGAUGAUGGCAAAGACCAAGAUGGGGAGACGGACAUGGACGUUGAUGAGGGCGAGGUCACUGACGACGAGCCGCCCGCAACCGCCGAUAACAAGGACAUCGGGGCUGACAUUGCGGCUGCCAAGGCCCGACUGCUGGCGCGGCUCGAGGAGAGCUCGGGCACACAACAGGAAGAAGAGUCAUCAGCCGCGGCUAGUGUUGACACCCCUGAGCACCAGCAGAAUGACGCUAGCGACGGGGAAACGGCCACCUUGGGCGAGGCCGAAGCCCGGGUCAACAUGCGGGCGACCCUGAACAUGGUCCUGACAGUGGCUGGUGAGUUCUACGGUCAGAGGGACCUGCUCGAGUUUCGGGACCCUUUUCCGGCGCUGUAAGUCUGGCACAGCCAUGCCAUCUGCUCGUUUUAUAAUCGGGAGAGGUAGAGUGUAUGGAGCGCGAUACAGGUAAGGAACUUAGGAUUUAGGGAGGAUACAAUCAUUUAUUUUAAUGGACAUUAAAAGUUCCUGUUA